AUGAAUGCUACUACUCCAUAUUCCAGCGAAUUCGAAAUUCGCAAAACGGCACACAAUGCUUUACUUGCACGAUAUGCACGUAAUUAUCCGAACCUUCUCUCAUUAUCCGCGCUUCCGCUAGUUCAACGCGUGCAUUUUCUUGCACCUAAUCAACCAUUUGAACUAAUGCAACAAGAAGAUUUAGAACCAUAUCUCCAAUGGCAGAAUGACGGUGUUUCUGACUUUUUGCUCCACGAAUGGGACCCAUAUUCUUCAACUAGCGUGUUGCAAGAUGCACCAAUAUAUUAUAAAAGGUGGGAUAAGGAGACGUUGCAUGCAAUGUUGGAGUUUGGAAGAAAGGGGAUUCGAAAGUUUGUUGCAAUAUUAGUAUGGGAAGAAGAAAAGCAGGAAGACAUUCAAUAUGAUGAGCCACAAGAACUAAGACAAGAACAAACUAAGGAACCGGAGAAAUUAGAAUGCAAGAAUUGGAAGUAUUAUAAUACGAAGGAAGUGGUGAAUUGGGAGAGUUAUUUAAGUGAGGGAUGGGAAUUGUUAAUAGAUCUUGCCGACCAAGCGUUUCAAAAUAAAAUGUCAAACAUGUAUUCCUCUGAUGAUAAAGACGUUGCAGCAGCUUCAUCAGAAAGCAAUAUGCAAAAUAAUCGUGCAUUAAAUGAUGACGAUGAGGAGUCUUAUUGGAAUCAGUAUGGGCAACCUUUGGGCAAUAAUUAUAGUACCUUCAAAACAACUUCCUCCAAGAUUUUGACUGAAUCACUACUGGAAGAGAACAGAAGCUCUGAGGAUAUUCACACAUCGGGGAAGAUCUCAAAUGUUGAUGUCAAGAAUUCAUCAUGUAAUGAUAACAGAUUAGAAGCAGUAUCAAAUCAUAAUAGAGUACGAUUUGAUAAGAAAGAAAAUGAUGAAGAAGAGAAACAUAACGAGAGUACUAUAGGAACCACUCUAUUGACAUCAUUUCCACCGCCAAAUGACGAUCCUGCGCAGGAUGAGGGAAUACAACACCAAGAGAUCCCCCAAAAAGAGACCGAAAAGUUAAUGAUCUCAACAGUCUCCUCUAUUACUACUGAUAUGUCGACGUUGUUGUCAUCUUCAUCUGUGCAAAAAGAAGUUCAAAAUAAUGAGAUUCAAAAAUUUAUUUCUGGCGCUAUCGAAUCUAUAUAUGGAAUGGCAAGGUUAAAUGGAGUAUCUACAGAGAAAUUCCUAGAGUUAGCGUGGGACGCAGUAAUGAAGAAAUGA